CCAAUCACUCUGUUUGUAUCUACACCACAAUCACACUUGGUUUAUAGACAGACUCUCACUUGUUCUUGGGUUCUGUUGUGCCAUGAAAAUGCCAUCUUUGAUAAAACCCAGGCUCUAAUUUGAUGAGAUUUUGUUGGGUUUUACAGGGCGUCUCAAGGUGCUCCAAUGGCAGACAGCUUUGACUCUGCCACCUCAAACCUUCUACGUGCAGACAACUCGAAUACCUGCUUUGAUGAUCUUGAUUCUAAUGCCACAGAUGACUUGGGGCACUCCCCAUCAAUUUCCCACAAAAACAAUCAAGACCCCAAUUUUGAUCACAACCGUAGAUCUAAGUCCACGAUCGAUUUUCCAUCACAGAGUGAAGAAAGUGUGACUGAAAUGGUUAAGAGGGAGAGUCAGCAUUUGCCCACACACGAUUAUCUGAGGAGACUGCGUUCUGGGGAAUUAGACUUAAGCACUAGAAGGGAGGCCCUUGAUUGGAUUUGGAAGGCUCAUUCCCAUUACAGUUUUGGGCCAUUGUGUGUUUGGCUAUCUAUGAACUACUGGGAUCGCUUCCUUUCGCUUUAUGAAUUGCCUAGAGGUAAAACUUGGGCGGUGCAAUUGCUAGCCGUGGCUUGUUUAUCAAUAGCAGCCAAAGUAGAAGAGACUAAUGUACCUCAGUCUGUGGACUUACAGGUUGGAGAUCCGAAGUUUGUGUUUGAAGCAAAGACUAUACGAAGAAUGGAACUACUUGUGAUGAGCACCCUAAAAUGGAGAAUGCAAGCUUGUAGUCCUUACUCUUUCAUUGACUACUUCCUCGGCAAGAUAAGUGAUGAUCAACAUCCAUUGACAUCGUCCAUUGGUAGAUCAGUACAACUCGUUUUGAGCACAAUCGGAGGUAUUGACUUUUUGGAAUUCAGGCCUUCGGAAAUUGCUGCAGCAGUUGCAAUUUGUAUUUCAAGAGAAAUACAAGCACAAUCAGUAGACGUCGAUAAGGCCAUUUCUUGUUUCGUACAUGUAGACAAGGAAAGAGUGUUGAAGUGUAUUGAACUGAUGAAAAAUUUGUCAUUGAUCAGCGGUUCCGCCAAUCGGGGAAGCGCCUCAGGUCCAUCGGUGCCCCCAAGUCCGAAUGGGGUGUUGGAUGCUGCAUGCUUGAGCUGUAAAAGUGAUGAAUUUAUAGUUGGAUCAUGUGCAAAUUCUUCACAUAGUAGUCCAGACAUUAAGAGGAGGAAACCAGACAACCAGUCAUGAGAUAUGAACUUUUCUCCUUCACACCCCAACCAAUCAGUUUGGUUGAAUGGGAAGUUUUGGAGGUUCCCUAUAGCAUUAAUAAACAGAGAGAGAGAGAGAGAGAGAGAGAGAGAGAGAGAGAGAGAGAGAGAGCCACAGAUUUGAAAUGUGGUGAAGAUCCAAUCAUCCAAAGGGUUCGCAAUCACAACAUUUUGAAAGAUAUGUUGGUGGUGUUUAGCGAAAUACAGUUUUGUUUUUGACCUUUUCCCUUCAGUGACAACUCUAGAUCAAUAAAAUUUUACACCCGAA